CUUUCACCUUCACUGACCGACCUCUUUGCGGCCAGGCUGUUGUGCUUCUUUCAAUAGUCGAGCGCGACUUCGGCACCACACUCCUUUACCAACAAUUGUCACUCUUUAUGUCUAGUACUUAGUAUACGAUUAACAUCCCAACACGCCGACGCGCCGAGGCCAGAACUAACUGUACAUUCCUUACUGCACAGUCUGACCUCCCUUGAGCCACAGCUGUAGUAAAUAUUUGACGAUCCUUUGCGUUUGUACACACAACUACGUAAUCGCAAAAUCAAAUUGAAAAGAGGAGGUGAAUUGGACUCACUCGACAACCAAAUACUACAUCCGUAAACGAACGCGACCUGUAAUUAUACCACCACCAUAAUUUGGACCCAAAUCCUGCGUGCCACCGAAUUCAGCAUGGCACACCAACAUGGACACGCGCAUCUUGUGCGCCGUCAACACGGCCGGCGAGAGGAGGACGACGACGCAGUCGCAACAGUCGUUCAGGUAGUCACUGGCAAAGUUGUAUGGGUCACCCAGCAGGCCGACGCUCCCAAGACACUUGUUCCACCCGCCGUAGCAACAAGGCCUUCCUCAAGCGCCACGGAAGACGACGACGACGACGACGACAGGACCACAUCUACCAAGCCCACGGCAACUGCUACAUCGAGGAGGCCUGCUUCUACGACACAUACUACUCAGUCCGAAGCUAAGGAGACAUCAACAGCAAAGUCAACGAAGGAUCAGUCCACUUUGGUGGUCGCAACUAAGUCCCCAACCGCGUCGAACUCGGCAUCAUUGGUCGGUGUUCUCGUGUCCGCCACAGCAUCUGCUACUGCAUCCAUUUCCGCUACUCCCACAUCUGACGCCUCGGCAAGUGAAGGCAUGUCUGGCGGUGCUAAGGCUGGCCUUGCUCUUGGUAUAUUGGUCGGUGUCGCUGCUCUGCUUGCUGGAAUCCUGUUCAUCUACCGCCGCAAGAAGAACGCUAUGGCAGGGGAGAAGGACAACGAGAAGAUCGGUAUGCAUGAUGCUCCUGCACCAUUGCCUCCCCAGGUUCCAACUGGCGCCGCUCCCAGCGUUCGUACCAACCGCACCAUGUCUACCGCGCCCCGUCUCAGUCUUCGACCAGUGACUCAGUUUGACCCCACCUUCAACGGGCAGCGCAAGAGUGAAGGAAACCUUCUCACUGUUGCUGCCGCUGCGGCUCCUGCUGCUGCCUCUCAAGAUCGCGCUGCAAUAUCCGAGGAGCGUCCUGUUAAUGCUUGGGAGCGCCGCGGAGCUGCCAACGCUGCUACUGAUGCUGCCGCUGCUCCUGCUGUCAACCCGUUCAAUGACCCUCAGACACCUGCCCAAAGCCAGCCUCCAGCAAACCCCUUCGUUAACAGCGCUUCACUCGACACCGUACAUGCAGCUAUUCCCGAUUCGCCUCCUCAAGUAUCCCCUAUGCACCCGGCUGUCCCAAGUACUGGCCUUGCUGCUCGCGUUGCUCCCGCCCCAGCUCCCGCUGCCGCUCCCGAAGUUGAUGCUGUUGCGGCAGCUACUGCCAUGCCAAGUCUCCCUAUGCCAGAGAACGAGUUUCCUAUGCCCCCCAGUGUCAACACCAACGCUAAUGGUGUCCCGGAAAGCCCAGCUUGGACAGAAGAUGUUCCCUCGUCACCCGCUAUGGGUACACCUGUGAUUGCUGGCACUGCUGGUGCCGCUGGUGCUAUGGCUGCUGGUUGUCCCAGCGGUGCUCCUGGUGGUCCUAACAACGUUCACCGUGUUCAGCUUGACUUCAAACCUUCAAUGGGCGACGAACUCGAGCUCAAGGCUGGCACAUUGGUCCGCAUGCUUCACGAAUAUGAUGACGGAUGGGCUCUCUGUAUCAGCAUGGAUCGCACACAACAGGGUGUUGUGCCCCGUACUUGCCUGUCUAAGCACCCUGUCAAGCCUCGUACUGGACCACCUCGCCAGGGUCCUCCUCCACCACACAUGCGCGGACCUCCUAUUCGUUCGCCAAUGGGUCCUGGAGGCAUUCCUCAACCUCGCCCAAUGUCCCCCGCGGAUGGUCGCAGCUCGCCUCACCCAUCUGCUCUCUCACCUGCCAGCGGCCGCAUGUCCCCUGGUCCUCGCGCUAUGAGCCCCGGUCCCCGCCAGAUGCCUCCUCCUCACAUGCAAGGCCCUCCUCGCAACCGCGCGCACAGCAACGCUCCUUACCCUGCAUCACUACAAGGACGUGGUCGCGCGAACAGCAACGCACCGUACGCCGGCCCUCCUCGCUCAAUGUCUCCCGGCCCCUACGGCGGUGGCCCCAUGGCUCCUCCUCCCCAGAUGGGCCGCCCGAGGUCGAAUUCCGCCGGCCAGGUCAACGGUGCCCGUCGCGGACCCGCUCCUGGACCCAGCCCGAUGAACCCCAAUGCUGGCCCUGCACCAGCACCACUGACCAGUGCUGUCCCUAGCAGGAAGCCGAUUCCCGGUAUGGCGCUCUAAAUUUUGCGUUAGCGAUAUAUUAUGAGGACAUGUGGAGCAUUUUCGCAAUUUCCUUUUGUAGUCGAGUCACUCGCUUUCCUUUCGAUACCUACCUUUUUUGUUUACGUUCUACUCUCCGCUACUGCGCCUGGCAAGCCUUCCGUUCCGUCUCUAUACACAAGAGCGCAGUGCGGACCUUUCCUACUUACUUUCAGUGUUUAUACCCAAGGCCUGUGUCUGCUUCCAUGUCACUUUGUGGCACGGAGGUUGACCAGGUCUUUUUACCGGUCGAUAAUGUCUUGAAGAUAUUGGGAGGUUUGCUUAUUGUUACCUGUCCGCUGGGAAGGUCGGAUGGGCUGGAGAUAUUGUGCAUGACUCGUUGCUGCCCCGUUUGGUGGGCUUCUUUGGAGAUACGCUGGACUCUUGGGGCGGCUUUGGGAUGGAAUGUUGGAUUGCAUAGGGG